UCGUCUGUCUUCCCUCCCUCGUUUUCUGUCUCAACUCACCAGAUGGAGAGGGGGAAGCGAUGCGCACACGCGCACAUGGCUGCGUUCACGCAUGGCUACACGUCGCUUUGCAUAUUUACAGCUCUUGCACUUUUUGGCCGUCGCGCCGCGCGGAAACAAACCCAACAACAACAACAACAAAGGGGUCUGCAUUGAAUGAAAGGUGAGGAAACAGAACGGGGUCACAGUUUGACGUGAUCAAUCCUACCCGACAAGAGCAUUUGGACGUGCAGACGACAGAGAAACAGAGAGAGAGAGAGAGAGAGAGAGAGAGAGAGAGAGAGAGAGAGGUUGUGCACAAGCGUUAAGGGGGGAGGGGAGAGAGAGAGAGAGAGAGAGAAAGAGAGAAGCAUCAAGUCCCCGCGCUCCGAUCCAGGCUGCAGGCUCGUCCGUCCUUCCGCCCAGCCGUGCACAGGCCCCCAGCCCCGCUGCCGCCGCAUCGUCAUGGAUGGAACAAAGCCCGCCAUGGACUCCAACGCGGAGGAGACGCAAGAGGAAGGACAGGAGAGCAAAGGAUGCUUCGAGUGCUGCAUCAAGUGUCUGGGCGGGGUGCCCUACGCCUCCCUGGUGGCCACCAUCCUCUGCUUCUCCGGUGUGGCCCUGUUCUGCGGCUGCGGCCACGUGGCGCUCACUGGCACCCUCACCCUGCUGGAGAACCACUUCUCCAGGAUCUCCGGCGACCACGCCGCCCUCACCCUGGUCGUUCAGAUCUUUCAGUACAUCAUCUACGGCAUCGCGUCCUUCUUCUUCGUCUACGCCGUGGUCCUGCUGGCUGAGGGCUUCUACACCACCGGCGCCAUCAAGAAGGAGCUGCAGAGUGACUUCAAGACCACCGUGUGCGGACGUUGCAUCACCGCCUUCUUCAUGUUCCUGACUUACAUCCUCGCCCUCGCCUUCCUCGCCGUCUUCGGCUUCACGGCCAUCCCGGUCUUCCUCUUUUUCAACAUGUGGAACACUUGCGCUGCCAUGAGGUCCCCGGACUCCAACAUCACCUCGCCCGACUCCAUCUGCGUGGAUGUCAGGCAGUAUGGUAUCAUUCCCUGGAACGCGACGCCGGGAAAAGCUUGCGGUGCCGCUCUGGGAGACAUUUGCAACACCAGUGAAUUCUACCUGUCCUACCACCUCUACAUCGUGGCGUUAGCCGGCGCUGGAGCGACCGUCAUAGCACUGAUUCACUAUCUGAUGAUCUUGUCAGCCAACUGGGCCUACCUGAAGAGCGUCGUCUCCACGCACGACUACCACGACAUCAAGACGAAGGACGACCAGGACCUGGAGGCGGAGGCGCGCUCCAAGGAGGGCCAGAACUCGUCCUCCUACUCAUAAGGACGCCCGUCCCCCCCGCACACCUUCAGCCGUCACCCGCCACACCUUAGCACCCACCGGCUUCCUUCAUGAAAACGACGCCCCCGGUUAUAUUCAGUAGUCCCGCCAGCUCCUGAGUCUCUCUGCUCUUCCCUUCCGCCAUGUUGGGUGGAGUGGGCGUGGUCUCCCACCAGAAGGGAGCAGGAUUGAGGGUCAGGAGGAACAGCGACACCCCCCCACCCCAAAGAGGCUCGCGAACGGGAGCGCUCACACGCGCUCCGCCGGUUUACCGAGCGUCUCCUGGCUGUCGGGGUUCGGGGUGCGGCCGGUCCGAGCGGGCCGGCCCAAGUCCUCGCCCCCCUCACCCCCCACCGGCCACCGCGGCCAAAAUCAACUUUGUUUACUGUCAGCGCCCGCCACGGGGAAGCCAGACGGUGACCGACUUCCUCUCUUUUUUUGAUGUUUUAUAUGCAUAUAUACAGUAUAUAUGAAUAUGAAUAUAUUGUGUGAAUGUGUGCGAAUGUUGUUGUUUUUUUAAUACUCUCUGAAACUACCAGGUACUCUUAAGAUGUUUCUUCUUAUGUUUUUGGCGUUCAUUUUUUCCCCCCCACUUCUUUACACUUUUGACUGAUUUAUUGUUGAUGCUUAAAACAUUGUUACUGUACAAACGGACAAAAAAACUAAACAAGUUGAGCAAUUGCAAGGCUGUAUAGCAUACAGUACAUCAUUUGGCAUUUUGGUAAACGCUUACCUGCACUUCAAUCUACUAAGUAAGGAUUUCUUUUUUUUUUUUAGCAAAAAAAGCCAAACGUUGAAGUCUCUAAAAAAGUUGAUUUUGUAGCUUGUGCAUUCAAAAUCCAAACAAUCAAAUCAAUCAACCAUUUACAUACUGUACCUGCUCAUUAAUCAAGCCAUCAUUUAAGAUAAUCAAUGAAACAACGACGGGUAGUUUGAAUAGUAAUUACAAGUACAAUUCCGAGCACUGGGAAAACGCGCGUCUCCAAAAUGAUCUCAAAAUGGUGUCGUGACUUAAGAAUGAGUCUUGUGCUUGCAGGUGAACUUGAUUUUGUCUAAUGUAAAAUGUCUCGCGCAACGAACUAACCUCUCGAUAGGUCAUUGCUGCGAGGGAACGUUUCCCAAAAUUGAUGAGACCUUGACCCCUCAGCUUGGAAAAUCAUUUGGAUUCCUUUCUUGGAAAAAAACAACAACUCUAUUGAGCCGACAUUAGAAAAAAAUCUCACAGCACACCACUAAAGAAAGAGUUUGCAAAAAGUAAUUAGUAAUUAAUUUUGUACCUUCUUUCAUCCUGUGGAAGAGCGUUUAGUUGUUCUGCCUGUCACUAUACAUCACCUGCAUAGAUAGAUGAACAAAGAUACAUGACUUGAUCUCUUACGCCAAUUUGGUUGGGAAUCACUUAUCCGAAGCGCUUACCCAAACGACAACCAUUAAAUCUCAUUUGAAAAUGACCCAACUGUAAAUAGUUUCAUCACUCCUUAAAAAAUGGAAUCGACUCAGAGAGAGCAGUCCGUGUUUGUCCAUGAUAUUUAAUGUAUUCUUUCUUUCCGAACAUGUUCAUGUUCCCCUCGUGUGUUUAGCCGUCAGAUGCUAGCUCUGCAUUUGAUGUCACAAUUGUAACGUGACAUCGUCACUGAAAUGUCGCGAGAUGGACGCAGUGCGGCCGUGACACGAUGGAUCGACGUUCUUGUGAUAUAAAUAGUUCAAAUGCGAAAGAAUUGAUUUCAUCAGUUUUGAGUUUUAGGCAGCUGAGUUCUUCUUGUGAUUCUAUAUUGAUUAUAUAUAUAUAUAUAUAUAUAUAUAUAUAUAUAUAUAUAAUGGAGAUAUAUAUAUAUCCAUUUUUUGAAUGGCCAGCCAAAAGAGUGACUUGUUCGUGCAAUUUCUUUUUUUUCUUUAAGCCUCCCAGAUGAGCCACAGACUGUUUUUGGAUGUUUACACUCGAACUAAACAAGUCAGGAAUUUUCAUACAUUCAUUUUAUAAUCCGAUAUUGUUUCAUAAUCAUAAACUAUACUAUAUAAUUGAUGACCACUGCUAAGUCAACCUUAAAAAAAAAAUGUAAAAAAAUUUGCUGAGAUGAAGCAUGUCAGUAUCGUCCAUGUGUGCAGCUGUCUAUUCUGUAUUUCAAAAAAAGGAUUUUAUUGCCAGGGGCGCUAUGUUUGCUAAUUCUCCGUCCUCUGCCGCCAGGUAGAUGUUAAGGCAAACUUCAAUUUCCUACCCGACGAUUCAUGUCAGGGUGUUGUUGUUUCCUUGUUCUUUGCAUGAAGGAGACAUGACCGUGUCUUUGCAGUUUUUCAGGUGAUGUGUAGUCAAUUGUAUGACAACUUUGGUAGGCGGUGUUUUCCCCCACUUCUUCUGCACCCCUACCCCAUUCCCCUUUUCUAAAAAAAAAAUUAUAUAUAUAUAUAUAUAUAUAUAUAUAUAUAUAUAUAUCCAUUGUACUUUGAUGGCAAUGUAGUCUAUGUAGGUGUUUCCUUAUGCUGUUUAUUUUAAGUUGGAACUAGUUUUAUGACUGCUAUAUAGUGAUGAUUUUUGUAACCUUCUCUAGUAAAACCGGUAUUUUUAUUAUCGUG